GUCAACAGCUGGCAGCAUGGAGGUAGCAGGUAUGUAGCCCAUAAAAACAGGUGUUGAAGCACCACUGGGGUGUGCCAAGACCUGACAGUAGUGUCCCUUUCACACCGGUUUCCACAGGCAGUGCUGUGGCAGCUCUCUGACCCCAGAUUAGGAUCCCUUUGACACAUCUCAGAAAUGAACAUACAACUGCUCUUGAUGGAGACUAUUUUGCUAUGGUUGCUAAGCGUCAGUAGUGGCGCACUCCAGCGCCCGGACUACGACGACACGUCCACCCCUGAGUUCCUGACCCCUUCCUGGAUGGCGGACAUCCCCAGCAGCCGUCCGCUCUCCGAGGUCACCAUGCCGGGCACGCACAACACCAUGGCACUGUACGGCGGCGGCCUGGCCGAGUGCCAGUCCUGGUCGCUAGCGCAGCAGCUGCACGCCGGCGUCCGCUUCCUGGACGUGCGCGUGCGCCACGUGGGCGGCAAUCUGACCAUCCACCACGGCAUCUCCUACCAGUACGCGCACUUCGGCGACGUCCUGCAGGGCGUGGACGCCUUCCUCAAGGAGCACCCCAGCGAGACGGUGCUCAUGCGUCUGCGCGAGGAGCUUAGCGAGACGGGGGACAUCUACGCCGCCGUGGUGCGCUACAUCCAGACCUACGCCCGCUGGGACCUGUUCUGGAACCUUUCUGGAACAAAGCUCAUCGCCCUGCAGAACUGCCCCCCAUGCAUGCUCUACUCUUCACUGUUUAUCGCAGAUGACUGGCAGGUGCCAUCUCUGGAUUACGUCCCACAGAAGUGGAAGAGCGUGUACACGCACCUGGAGAGGGCCCAGGUGGACGAGAAGUCGCGCAUGUACCUCACCUACUCUAGCGGAGCCAGCAUCCGAGCCUGGCCCUACGCGCUGGCCCGCCGGGUCAACCCGCUCCUCUACGAGUUCCUGACGGCCCGCGUUGGCACGCCGCGCCGCUUCGGCAUCAUCACCAUGGACUUCCCUGGUGCCCAGAUGUGCCGCACCAUCAUCAGCUUCAACUGGGCCUCCAGAACAGCGGCGUAGAGACUCAAUACACAAGUCUGUCUGUGCCAGUGUGCUAAUGUGCCAACCGUCCACAGGGGUAGGGCGGAGUGGGAUGGGAUGAGUUGGGUUGGGUUGUGUGUAUGUGUGUCGGGGGCGGUCACUGGGACCAUGCACCAUGGUCUGUCACACCUAAUCAGGCCUCGGCCUUCCACGGCCAAUCAGAAAUCACGGUCUGUCAGAUUCAAUCAGACGUCAGGAUCUGUCACGUUCCGUCAGACAUUACAAUAUGUCACGGCGAAUCAGAAAUCAUUCUCACAGAAAUAAAAAAAAAAAGCCCUCACAG